CCCGAUGUGAGAUAAUGUCACAUCGUUUAUAGUUGGUUAACCAAAACGUACGCACAAAAUGAAGGUGAUUGCCGCCCUUUCCACUCUAAUCGUUCUUGCAUCGUCCGCACCUCAGCAGAGCUCUAGAGAUGCGACCAUAUUGAAAUAUGAAAGUAACAACAUCGGUGUAGAUGGAUAUAACUUUGCGUUCGAAACAUCUGACGGCAUGUCAAGAUCGGAAACGGGCGAGUUAAAGAACGCCGGCACUGACAAUGAAUUUAUCGCCGUGCGUGGAACUAUUUCUUGGAUAGGACUGGACGGAACCCCCUACAGUAUCGAGUUUAUUGCUGACGAAAAUGGAUUUCAGCCCAAGGGUGCCCAUUUACCGAAGUAAACUAAUUAAUUACAGGAUAGGACGUUUCUGACGCUAACUUCGGUUGUCGUGUACAUAUUUUUUUCUCGAAUGUACGAAGAAAUAAUUAAAGGCUUCUCUCCACG